AUGACAAAUUUGCUUCAUCGUUUAAAUUCAUUAGCAAGUGAUCCUAAUUUUAAAUUAUCUUGUAAUAUUCUACGUUCAAAACUUAUUCCACAAGAAAAAUCAAUAAUUGAUUUGAUUCUUACUAAUAAUAAUCCUGAACAAGCAGAAAUUAUUUUACCUGAUGGACGAAUAUUUGUUUGGUAUUUUGCUAUUGGUAGUAUGAUUAAUCCAAUAUCUCUUUAUCUUCGUGAUUUAACACCGAUUAUAUCUUAUCCUGUAAUAUGCAAGGAUUAUAAAAUUGUAUUUCGAAGUCCUAAUGGAAUGGCUGAUAUUGAAGCUUGUCUCGAUGCCGAAUUUCAUGGAGUUGUUCAUCUGCUUACCAAUGAACAGAUGAAACACUUAGAUGAAAUUGAAUUUACUUAUCAUAGAAUUAAGAUUAAAUGUAUUGAUUAUCAAGGUCAAUAUCAUACAGCUUAUGCUUAUCAAAUGAAUAUUAAAGGUCAAUUACCUAGUAUUCCAUAUGAACGUUAUUUAGAUAUUAUAGUAAAAGGUUGUGAAUAUUAUGGAGUUCAAUCAGUAUAUAUAAAUCGUUUGAAAGAUGAACAACCAGUUAUACCUCGAAAAAAACCAGCAAAUUUUCAAUCAUUUAAAGAUUUUCUAUCUGAUACUUAUUACUCUCUAGACGAGCUGCAAAAACAUAAUGGAGAUGAUCCUUCACUUCCAUUAUGGGUUUCUAUAAAUGGAAAAAUCUUGGAAUAUGCUGGAUUACCACCAAAUGAUCAUCCUGAUUAUGAAGUACAACAAAAAUUUUAUACAUUUGUUAAACAAAAACUUGGUGGGCGUGAAGUCACUAAUAUAGCGGCUAAAGGAUUAUAUGACCCAUUAUAUAAAAUACCUUUAAAUGAUGAAGAUAUAUCUGAUGAACAUCGAGCACAAAUUGAAGAUUAUUAUUAUGAUACAUUAGGUAAUUCACAAAAUAAACUCUAUUGGAAACCAAUUGGACGUCUUCGUCAGCCAGACGAUUCAUCAUAA